AUGGUGCAGCGCAUGUGGGCCGAGGCGGCCGGGCCUGCGGGCGGCGCCGAGCCGCUGUUUCCGGGCUCCCGGCGGAGCCGCAGCGUGUGGGACGCCGUGCGCCUGGAGGUGGGCGGCCCCGACAGCUGCCCCGUGGUGCUGCACAGUUUCACGCAGCUCGACCCCGACCUGCCGCGCUUAGAGAGCUCCACGCAGGACAUCGGCGAAGAGUUGGUCAACGGCGUCAUCUACUCCGUCUCCCUGCGCAGGGUUCAGGUGCCCCACGGUGCCAGCAAGGGCCAGCGCUGGCUCGGGUAUGAAAAUGAGUCAGCCCUGAACCUGUAUGAGACCUGCAAGGUGCGGACCGUGAAGGCAGGCACGCUGGAGAAGCUGGUGGAGCACCUGGUGCCCGCCUUCCAGGGCAGCGACCUCUCCUAUGUCACCAUCUUCCUGUGCACCUACCGAGCCUUCACCACCACCCAGCGGGUCCUGGACCUGCUGUUCCAAAGCAGGUACGGUAGAUGUGACGCCCUCACGGCCUCCUCUAGAUACGGGUGCAUCCUCCCUUAUUCCAGCGAGGACGGCGGACCUCAGGACCAACUGAAGAAUGCCGUCUCCUCCAUCCUGGGCACCUGGCUGGACCAGUACUCCGAGGAUUUCUGUCAGCCCCCGGACUUCCCCUGCCUCAAGCAGCUGGUGGCCUAUGUGCAGCUCAACAUGCCCGGCUCCGACCUGGAGCGUCGGGCCCACCUUCUCCUGGCCCAGCUGGAGCACACAGAGCUCACCAAGGCAGAGCCGGAGGCUCUGGCUCCAGCUCUGAAGCCAACUGCAGCCCUCGAGCCAGUGCCGGCUUCAGCUCUAGCACCCAGGCCGGUGCCAGGUCCAGACCUCGAGCCUUCCUGGCCUUCGCCUGUGGCUGCAGAGAACGGGCUGGGUGAGGAGAAGCCUCACCUCCUGGCGUUCCCGCCCGACCUGGUGGCGGAGCAGUUCACGCUGAUGGACGCGGAGCUGUUCAAGAAGGUGGUGCCCUACCACUGCCUGGGCUCCAUCUGGUCCCAGCGGGACAAGAGGGGCAAGGAGCACCUGGCUCCCACCGUCCGUGCCACUGUCGCCCAGUUCAACAGUGUGGCCAACUGCGUCAUCACCACCUGCCUCGGGGACCGGAGCGUGACGGCCCGCGCCAGGGCCAGGGUGGUGGAGCACUGGAUCGAGGUGGCCAGGGAGUGCCGGGUCCUCAAGAACUUCUCGUCCCUGUACGCUAUCCUCUCUGCUCUGCAGAGCAACUCCAUCCACCGGCUGAAGAAGACGUGGGAAGAAGUUUCCAGGGACAGCCUCCGCAUCUUUCAGAAGCUGUCGGAGAUUUUCUCAGAUGAGAACAACUACUCCCUAAGCAGAGAGCUGCUCAUCAAGGAGGGGACCUCCAAGUUCGCCACCCUGGAGAUGAACCCCAGGAGAGCCCAGAGGCGGCCAAAGGAGGUGUUGUCACAGGGUGUCAUCCAGGGCACCGUUCCCUACCUGGGCACGUUCCUCACAGACCUGGUGAUGCUGGACACCGCAAUGAAGGACUAUCUGUAUGGGAGACUGAUCAACUUCGAGAAAAGGAGGAAGGAAUUCGAAGUGAUUGCCCAGAUCAAGCUGCUCCAGUCGGCCUGCAACAAUUACAGCAUUGCACCCGACGAGCACUUUGGGGCCUGGUUCCGGGCUAUGGAGCGGCUCAGUGAGGCUGACAGCUACACCUUGUCGUGUGAGCUGGAGCCCCCUUCCGAGUCGGCCAGCAACACCCUCAAGGUCAAGAAGAACACGGCCAUCGUCAAGCGCUGGAGCGACCGCCAGGCCCCCAGCACGGAGCUCAGUACCAGCAGCAGCUGCCACUCCAAGUCCUGUGACCAGCUCAGGUGCGGCCCCUACCUCAGCAGCGGGGACAUUGCCGACGCACUCAGUGUCCACUCGGCCGGCUCCUCCAGCUCCGAUGUGGAGGAGAUCAACAUGAGCUUCGUUCCAGAGUCCCCUGACGGCCAGGAGAAGAAGUUCUGGGAGUCCACCUCCCAGUCGUCCCCGGAGACCUCCGGCAUCAGCUCAGCCUCCAGCAGCACCUCCUCCUCCUCAGCCUCCACCACGCCCGUGGCCACCACGCGCACCCACAAGCGCUCCGUGUCAGGGGUCUGCAGCUACAGCUCCUCUCUGCCCCUCUACAACCAGCAGGUGGGCGACAGCUGCAUCAUCCGGGUGAGCCUGGACGUGGACAACGGCAACAUGUACAAGAGCAUCCUGGUGACCAGCCAAGACAAGGCUCCAGCUGUAAUUCGCAAAGCCAUGGACAAACACAACCUGGAUGAGGAUGAGCCAGAAGACUACGAGCUGGUGCAGGUUAUUUCGGAUGAUCGAAAACUGAAGAUCCCUGACAACGCCAAUGUGUUCUACGCCAUGAACUCUACUGCCAACUAUGACUUUGUCCUAAAGAAACGGACCUUCACCAAGGGGGCAAAGGUCAGGCAUGGAGCCAGCUCUACCCUCCCCCGCAUGAAGCAGAAGGGACUCAAGAUUGCCAAGGGCAUCUUCUAACUUGUCCCUAGCUGGCCAGCCACAGAGCUGCCCUUUCCAGGGUCUAGCUGGCUGGGCAACUAAGCACUUACAGACUACAGUGGCUUAGGCCGGGUGGGCACCUGGUCCCAACCUGCCAGCCCAGGCCACCCCCAGACCCCAGUUUCACCCUGAACCUCCCCUGCUGCCGGGGUUGAUGCCUGCCAGUCGGCGGGCUGACCUGGCCUCCCGCGGACCACCCGCUGCUUUAGGUGCCUUCUGCUCUCUGGAACCAGAGGACGAGCUGACUUUUGCCAAGGAGCGCUGCCAGUGGGCACGGAGCCCUGCAUGCCGCCGGGCACUGCCCUCUGUACACUUCCCUCACACCUUCCCAGGUGUGGGCCACUGCCACCUGUGCCCAUGGGCACCCCAGGGUACCACUCAUCCACCGGGUCUGACCACUGCAGUUCUCUCCUCCCACCAUUGUGGCCUUCCUCAGGCUGCACCAAAGAUUCCAUCAUCAGGGCCAACUGAAAGUGAGGGAGUCUCACCCACUGCCCACUCCAGCCCUCCCCUGGCAGAGGAGAGAGACGCCCCCUUCACGGACCACACUCUUAACCGGUGAGUGAGGAUGGUCUCGGCCAAGUCCCACUGAUGUCAGAUUUCAGGACACUGUAAGUGCCAUUCACCACUGCAUCCUGGGCUUUACGAGACCACACGAGACGGGGAUUGGUGGGAAAGGAGGGUUUCGGGGGGGAGGGG